CUUGGAGCUUACGCCGAUAAUCAGAUGUUCCACAAAGCACCAGUCAGCUUAGCGUCGGUGGUCGAUAUUGAUUGCCAUUAGGCAGCAUGAAAUUGGUGGGGAGCAUAUAAACCCGGGUCCCCCAUGCGAACGGCUUGUUAGUGCAAGCUUUCCAGCCCAUCUCCCACCCCUAUAAGCUCUUCAGUAUGCUGUUCCGCAGUCUGCUGUCGACGGCAGUCGUAGCCGUCUCCUUGUGUGCGGACAAUGUCUCCGCCUUGAAGCCUGGCCGAUUCGGUCAAAAGAUCCGCGACGCCCAUGAUGUCGGGAAGCGUGCCUCCAAUGCUGUAAAGCGUUCGGAGUCUAUCCCUGUUGAGGAUUAUCAAUUCCUGACCAACAAGACCAAGCCCUUCCGCGUGGAGAGCCUGCCCGAUGUCCACUUUGACCUUGGGGAGAUGUACUCUGGCUUGAUUCCCCUCGAGAAGGGAAACCUGUCAAGAUCCCUUUUCUUCGUCUUCCAGCCUACAAUUAACGCGCCCGUGGAUGAGAUCACCAUCUGGCUCAACGGUGGCCCUGGAUGCAGCUCCCUCGAAGCCUUCCUUCAGGAGAACGGUCGGUUCCUGUGGCAGCCUGGUACCUUCCAGCCCUUCGAAAACCCAUACUCAUGGGUAAACCUGACUAACGUGCUGUGGGUGGACCAGCCUGUUGGAACGGGCUUUUCUCUGGGCACUCCGACUGCUACCUCGGAGGAGGACGUUGCUGCAGACUUCGUCAAAUUCUUCAAGAACUGGCAGGAGGUCUUCGGCAUCAAGAACUACAGUAUCUACGUCACUGGCGAAAGUUAUGCCGGUCGCUAUGUGCCUUACAUCUCCGGGGCUUUCCUGGACCAGAACGACACGGAACACUUCGACCUCAAGGGCGCAUUGGCCUAUGACCCUUGCAUUGGCCAAUUUGACUACGUGCAGGAGGAAGCCCCCGUCGUUCCGUUCGUGCAGAACAACGCCAACCUUUUCAACUUCAAUGCCAGCUUCAUGGCCGAACUGGAGAGUCUCCACGAAUAUUGCGGCUACAAGGAGUUCAUCGACGAGUACCUCGUCUUCCCUCCCUCCGGUAUCCAGCCACCCAAGUCCAUGAACUGGAGCGACACCACCUGCGAUGUGUUCGACCUUGUCAACGACGCCGCCUUGGACCCUAACCCCUGCUUCAACCCUUACGAGAUCAGCGAGAUGUGCCCCAUCCUCUGGGACGUUCUGGGAUUCCCUUCGGAUAUCAGCUACGUCCCCGCAGGCGCCACCAUCUACUUCGACCGCCCGGACGUUAAGCGCGCUCUGCACGCCCCCAACAUGACCUGGUUGGAGUGCUCGGACGAGAGCGUCUUCGUUGGCGGUGGCGGCGGUGGCGGCCCCGAACAGGAGGGAGAUCUGUCUGCCAACCCCAUCGAGCGCGUCCUGCCGCAGGUCAUCGAGAGAACCAACCGGGUUCUCAUCGGCAACGGCGACUACGACAUGGUCAUCCUGACCAACGGCACCCUGCUGUCGAUCCAGAACAUGACCUGGAACGGCCAGCUCGGGUUCCAGACCCAGCCCAGCACCCCGAUCAACAUCGACAUCCCCGACCUGAUGUACAACGAGGCGUUCAUCGAGAACGGAUACGACCCGCAGGGUGGCCAGGGCAUCAUGGGCAUCCAGCACUACGAGCGCGGUCUCAUGUGGGUCGAGACCUUCCAGAGCGGACACAUGGAGCCCCAGUACCAGCCGCGCGUGUCCUACCGUCACCUGGAGUGGCUCCUGGGUCGCAGAGAGCAUAUCUAAGCUGUACGCUGGAAGCUGUACUAGGAUGUCAGGCGGAAGAGGGAUGUCACGAUGAUAAUGGUUAUGAUCUGUAGAUGGAAUGUAUGUAUGUGAAUGUUCAUGAUGUACG